CAGAAUUCCCAAGCCAGCAUGAAUCCCACAUGUGAAGACACCCAGGUCAUAACAUUGACAAGGUUGCCCGGCCCUGUCUUGAAGCACCUUAAACACUCAUUGGAGAUCAGACCGGCCCAACCCAACCGCCCAGAUGAGCUUCUUAGGUUGACAUCUUAAGAACAUAAUCUGAUUAAUGCUGUAAGACGCUCAGAAGCAGCUACUUCCAGUUCCAUCCAGUCCCGUAACUGGGAUUCAGUGGCUUUGCGGGGCUCAGCUGGCUGGUGGCACAUGAGCUGCAACGGAGCUGCUAAGAGCAACCCAGAUGGUCCUCGGCAGUUAACACAACCCCAGUUCCCCUCAAGGCGUCGGCUGCGGAUGGUGGCUGCGAGAGGAGCCCUCGGCCACCAACAUGAGGCCGACCGUGCGAAGGAGGGCCAGCCUCUCGGCCAACAUGAAGUUCAGGGUCUGUCAGAAGUGCUGCCGGACCCCCAACGACAUGGACCUCUUCAUCCCCUUCUCUCAGGAGAAGCUGGUCAAGCAGUGGAGCUCCAUGGACAAUUUGGCCGAUUGGGCCCAGGACAGCAGCGAUGAACUGUCCCACCCGUGGGAUCCGUGUUUCUUGACCCUCAACGUUGGAGGCCAGCACUUCCACGUCGCCGUCCGAGUGGUGGCCAAGUACCCCCUCACCAGGAUCGGGCAACUGGCCGUCUGCACGGAUCCCGUGAAGAAGCUGGAGCUCUGCGACGACUACUCGGUGCUGAGGAACGAGUACUUCUUUGACCGGGACCCUCUGGUCUUCCGCUACGUCUUCCAGUUCUACCGCAGCGGCAUCAUGUGCAUCCUGACUGAGUUCUGCACGGCCAACUUCCUGGAGGAGAUCGAGUACUGGGGGAUCCACAUGAAGUACACCCAGCAGUGCUGCCGGAUCCUCUUCGAGGAGCAGCACGACGAGAUGGUGGAGUACCUGAAGAUCCAGCGGAUGCUGGAGGCCGAACUGGAGACGGUCGAGAAGGAGGAGCACUUUGAGGGGAAGUUCCUGGGUCAGUUCCGGAAGGCCAUCUGGAACCUGAUCGAGAACCCUUACUCCUCCACCCUGGCUAAAAUCACGGCCAUCUUGUCCAGCUUGUGCGUCCUGUUCUCGGUGGUGGGGAUGAGCCUCAGCACGGUGAAGGAGAUGCAGGGCAAGACCGCCAAGCAGUGCAUGGAGCACAUGGAGACCGCCUGCGCCAUCUUCUUCACCCUGGAGUACCUCAUGCGGCUGGUCUCCACCUCCAGCCCGCAGCAGUUCUUCCGGGCGGCCUUCAGCGCCAUCGACCUGGUGUCCAUCCUGCCCUUCUACACCCAGGUCGUCUUUGAGUACCUGUACGAGGAGGACUCCGAAGACAACGAGGAGAUGCACCAGAUGCGCAACGUAGGGAAGCUGGGCAAGGUCCUGAAGCUCAUCAAGCUGAUGCGGAUCUUCCGUAUCCUCAAGCUGGCCCGGCACUCCACGGGGCUGAGGGCCUUCGGCUUCACCCUCCGGCAGUGCUGCCAGCCGGUCUGCUGCCUCCUCCUCUUCAUCGCCAUGGGCAUCUUCACCUUCUCCGCCCUCAUGCACUCCGUCGAGCACGACGUCCCGGGCACCAACUUCACCAGCAUCCCCGACGCCUGGUGGUGGGCGGCCGUGAGCCUCUCCACCGUGGGCUACGGGGACACAGUGCCGGAAACCUUCCUGGGCAGGGUGGUGGCCUUCGGCUGCAUCGCCUUCGGCAUCAUCCUCAACGGGAUGCCCAUCUCCAUCCUCUACAACAAGUUCUCCGACUACUACGCCAAGCUCAAGUCCAACGAGGACAAGACCACCGUGGCCCUCAAGGUCCCCCGGAAGCAGAACCUCAAGGAGAGGCUCCUGAACAAGAUGAACCAAUGCUGCUGACCCCAACAGCAGCAGCCGGGCAGCCUGGACCCCCUCCCUCCCUCCCGGUAGUCCCAACACCCCCUGCGGCUUCCUCCCCCACCCCCCGUGUUUCCCCUGCUGUGCCAGCCAUGCCAUCUUUGCUCCCUCGCACCCGGGACAGCCAGCCGGCCUCGUUGGCCCCUCCCGCCUUGCCCUCCUUUCCCUGCAGAUGCCCGGGGAGGGGGAAGCGGGGGGGGGGCAGAGAUGGCUGAUUCCUCCCCCCCCACCUCUCUUCCGUCUAUCCAGAGCUGAGCCGCCUGCCAUAAAACUGCAGCUAGUCCUUGACGGACAACAGUUCGCUUAAUGACCGUUCAAAGUUACGACAGCACCAAAAAACAUCACUUAUGACCGUUUUCCGCAGUUAACGACCCUUGCAACAUCCCCGUGAUCAAAAUUCCAAUGCUUGGCAACAGACUCCUAUUUAAGACGGUUGCAGUGUCCCGGGGAGAAGGCAACGAUUCACUUAACAACCAGGUCACUAGCUUAACGAAUGCAAUGAUUCACUUAACAACUGACAAGAAAGGUCGUAAAACGGGGCGAAACUCACUUCACAACAAGUCUCAGCAACAUAAAUUUUGGGCUCGAUUGUGGUCGUAACUGGAGGACUACAAGCACCUGUAACCCCAACACCUGUGUAGUCCUGGAUGGUUCAGCUUCCGCCUGGUCUUCUGAAGGCACACCUGGGAAGCAGGUGCUGGGAUCCGCUGGCAAGGCCCUGAUGCCCAAAGGAGCCUCGGAAACCACCUGCCCACCUGGGUUUUACCUGCCUCCCCUAAGCCAGGUGGAAGGCCUUCGGCCGGCUUUAUUUUGAAUCCCGCCUUUAUUAUUUUUAUAAGCAACUCGAGGUAACCAACCUAUCUAGCCCUCCUCCCUCCUCCUCUUUUCCCCAUCACAACAACCCUGUGAGGUAGACUGGGCUGAAAAAGGGGGGGAUUGGCCCAAAGUCUCCCAGCUGGCUUUCACACCAGCUAAGGAGGGACUAGAACUCCCGUCUCCUGGCUUCUAGACUGGCAAAAACUGGGGCGGGGGAGGGAGUCAGCCGGCAGAGCCAAUCCUGAGCCCAUGCCCGUGGGGGGGUCAGAGUCCUAAGGCCUGCAGCAGAGUCACCCUUCUAAAAGUGAGAUUUGGGGCUGGUGACUGGGGAGAGUUGGCCCUGAAGGCUGUAGGCUCUGCACCGGCCUUUUUUCAACCUGGGGAACUUUGAAGAACUUGAGCAGAGGGUUGGACUAGAUGACCUACAAGGUCCCUUCCACAGUCCUAUUCUAUUCUGUUCUGUUCUUUUUUGUUCUGUUCUAUUCUACUACUCUACUCUUACACCUCUACUCCUCUUCUACUCUAUUACUCUAUUCUAUUCUACUCUAUUCUACUUUAUACUACUACUCUAUUACUCUAUUCUACUACUCUACUCUACUCUAUUAAUAAGGGUGGAAUUCCCCAGCCAAGCCUUGUAGUUAAAAGAUUUGCCGAAUCGGUUUGGCGAGCGACCGUCCCAGGGAGCCUUCAGGAAGGACCGUCUUUACCCGAGUGGGAGAAUCGAGGAAAGACCGGCCCCCUAUCUGGGCCAGGUAGGGGAUGGGCACUGGGGGGGCAGUCCUGCCCUCCGCCUCUCCCUCCACCCUCGAAAUCCACCUUUCCCAGCAGAAUGAGCUGAUCCUGGGAACAGAGCGCCCCUCCUGCAAGGAUCACAUCCUCCUCCCCCCCCAUGUUGGCAGCAGCGGAGCACAGGUUGGGAUUUGGGGGGGGGACCUAUUCCUUGAAUUUCCCAGUUCUUUCAGCACCCCCCACCCCUCCUUUCCAUCUGCUCUCCCUCACACCUUCUGAUUUUGUUUACUGGGAAAAUGCCAUUUGCUGGUGCCCGAUGAGCCGUAGGUAAACUCUCCAUGCCCAGCAAUUCUCCUUUCUGGGGCCAGAUGAAAUCUUCAGCGUAAGGUUGCUGGACAGGGAAGGUGUACACACACACACACACACACACACACACAUACACACACACACACACACACGCAAACUCUGGCUUUUUCUGGACUGCACCUGUUUCCUUGCCAAUUUCAGGGCCGGUGGGAACAGAGCAGAGCAGGCUGCAGGUGAAACAUAGCCACAAAACUUUCUGCAAGGAGCUCAAAAGAGUUUUUGCAACUCUGUUGGGCCCGUUGGCAGACAGACCUGCCCCUCCUCAGUCCCCCCCCCCCAGCUGGCACCCCACUUGGCACUAAAAGGAGCAACACCGCCAGAAGCUUGGAAACAGUUUGCAUUUAAUGUGGAGACGGCAAGGAGGCACUUGGCAAAAUCAUAACCACCAUAAAAAACAAAAUAUUUACAAGUCUCGGGAAGCUUGUCAUAUAUAUAUAUACAUACAUACACACACAUACAUAUUUAUAGAUAUUUAUAUAAAUUAAAAGUUUGGCUAUCUACAGUAUGGUACAUUCCGCAGGACGCAACUUCUCUUCCCAGGAACACCGCAGCCACUGCUGCAUCCCGGAGCUUGAUGCCUUCGAGGAGACCACGUGGAAAUUGAAGGCUUCUCUGUUUGGUCCCAGCUGUUUGCUCUUUGGAGGUAGACUGCUGCGGAACAAGGAGGCUCGACUUGUUUCCCAUGAUGCUUAGCUGGAACGAACCCUAAAUAUAUUUUCUUCUUUUUCUAAUCAGCGUUGGGCCUAGCUAACCUCGUUCUUCCAUGAAAGCAUCGCCGUUUAAAUCAUUUUUAAAGCUGGCAAGACAUUUUUCUUGUGGCAGUCAGUUCCACAGAUUCAAUAAGCUUUGUCUUGCUCUC